UUGAUCAGACCUCUUCCUUCCCAGCGCAACGCUGGCUUGAUCCUCGCAAAUGAGGCUCAGAUUAUGGGAUUAGCCAAAUCAUCCGGCCGAGCAAAAGGGGGGGUUCAGAUUGGGGGAAAGGAUGCCCGGGCAUUGAGAGAGUUAAAUUCUGCUCCUGGUUAGAAGGCUGCGGACCGGGUGAGAGAGAUGCCCCCCCAUCUGAUUCCCAUUUAAACCAGGCAAAAGCCACACGUCAGAGAAACUCCCUGCAAAGGGUGGGGUUGUUGGGGGGUUUUUUUGUUGUUGUUGCAACAGCCGGGAUGGCUGGAUUCUGCCACUGUCCCAAAGCCUGAGCCGAGCUCCCAUCCGCUCCAAUUCGCCCUCCCGAAGCGAGCCCCCUUCCGACUUCCUUGCCCGCCGCCCUCCCUCCCCCUCGCCGUCUCUCCCUCCCCCACAAUGCAUUUCAACCCUAACCCACAGCCCCCUCGCUGUGCUGUGUCCUCGGCUUUUACUACUCUCCCAGCUGGUCCAGCCUCCUUCGCCAGUCCCUCUGCACACCACAGGCCACUGUCUCUUUAAGUUCCUCCCGCACUGUGUGCUGACAGCUGCUCCCCCGCUCCCCCCUCCCUCCCUCCCCUGGCUCUGUCUGUCUCUCUGACUGUCACAGCAGCUCUGCUUGGGACCAACCUGCCACGCCACCAUCCCCCCCCUUCCCUCUCCAUCCCCCCCUCCACCCCCUUGGAUACCAUGAGCCUUCCCCGAGGGUAGCCCCGCUGACCCUCCCCAUCUACGCUGCCCUCCCCCCAUCCCCGCAGCCCGAAGCGAGAUGGUUCACGCCUUGGUAGCAGGGGGCAUUGUCUUCCCCGGCCUCUUCUUGUUGUCCAAGAACGGUCUCAAGUGGCUGCCGUGGCUGCGAUGGGAGGAGGCCGACGCGGUCAUCGUCUCCGCCAGGCUGGUGUCCUCCGUGCAGGCCAUCAUGGCUUCUACUGUCGGCUACAUCGUCUCCUCGUCCUGCAAGCACAUCAUCGACGACCAGCACUGGCUGACAGCCUCCUACACCCAGUUUGCUGUUCCCUACUUCAUCUACGACAUCUAUGCCAUGUUCAUGUGCCAUUGGCACAAGUACCGGGUCAAGGGUCACGAGGCGGCAUCCGGGGCGGUGGGAACACGAUCGCUGCGCACUGUCACCCGCACCUACUUGCACAAGGAGUUCCUCAUGGUUGUCCACCACCUCUUCAUGGUGCUGGUUUGCUUCCCCGUGUCCGUGCUCUGGCGUCAAGGCAAGGGCGACUUCUUCCUGGGCUGCAUGCUAAUGGCUGAACUCAGCACCCCUUUUGUCUGCCUUGGCAAAGUCCUCAUUCUGUACAAGCAGCAACACACCCUUCUGCAUAAGGUGAACGGGGUCAUCAUGCUGGUGACGUUCUUCUGCUGCCGGAUCCUGCUCUUCCCAUACAUGUACUGGGUAUACGGGAAGUAUGUCGGGCUCCCCCUCUACCGGGUGCCCUUCUCCAUUCCCGCUGAGUACAACUUGGGAUCGGCCAUCCUCAUGGCGCCCCAGAUUUACUGGUUCGGCCUCAUCUGCCGUGGAGCCUUCCGUGUCUUUUCUCGCGCCCGGAGCGCCGCCAAGGAACAGGCCUUGCGGAACGGGCACCGGCCAGAAGAAGCGCAGGUGCUGGACUGAUCACUUCCCCUCCCCCCCCACCCUCGGCUACAGAUGGACAGACAUGUUUUUUCCUCUAACUUAUUUAUUUAUUGGGGGUGCAGGGAGGGGCUGGAGUGUUGGGGGAACGGGGGGGCUCCGAGGCCAAAGGGGAUUUUGGAAGGGGGCUGGGACCGAGUCUUCAGAGGGCCACACCGACACAGACUGAAGUUUCCGUGCUUUCUUAUGGGAUUCUCUUGCCAAAGGCAACCCUCUUAAUUGUAAGCAGUUGAGAAGUUUCUUGGGGGUGGGGUGGGGGUGGGGUCGAGGUUAAGGUCCUGAGCCAAAGGAGAAUGCUUGGCAUCUCUCUCGCAGGGAGACUUUCAGGCCAGGAGGGUUUUUCGAAAGGCCAAGAACAGGGUACAGUCGAAGUGUCUUUGGGGCUCUGGGGGUGUGUGGAGGGUUCUGCCAAGCCAAACAAACACAACUCCCUGCCCCCCCGCAGUGUUUAUUUGGAAUAUUCCCAGAUUUUUUUGCAGCAUUACCCAUAAAGCCAGCCCCCCCCCGGGUUGAUCUGCGUAAAGGCAAGAAGAAAUACGACUCCAGUCAUUUGCUUGAGGAGAUGCUAGUAAUACAGUGGAGGCUGAUAGACAGAAGGGGAUCUUUCUCUGUGAUUAACCAUAGACUCACAGGAUUCCCCCUCAGUAUUAUUAUUAUUAUUCAAGGUGCUUAGGAAUUUUCAUAGGAUGCCCAAUAAGGAAAAAAAUAAAAUAAAACCCAAGUAUUUUGGGUGCUGCUUAAAUAGGAAGUUAUCUUCAGUAUUACCGGGGCGCCGCCCACUAGGAACAUCCUAAACUGCAUACCCUUGCAACAGGAAGGUGACCAGCAGGCUGCUUCCUCACCACCGUCGGGCCCCCAACUAGCAAUAACCAAGUAGGGGAGCAUCUGCCCCCUUGCCACCUUCUCCUCAGUUCAGCGCACAACCCCCCCCCCUUUACUCCUCCCUCCUAGAAAUCCCCACUCCACCGGGCAGGGAAUCCGGCUGUAAAUAGGGGGUGGGUGAGGUGUAUUUAUAACCUGAAGUCUGCAAAGUAUUAAAGGAGCCUUUAUCUAAUGCCA